AUGGACGAGGCGUCCGCGAGGUGGGAAACGCGAGGGAUGUGGGAGAUGCAGGGGCCGUGGGGGUGGAUGCAGGUGGAUGGAUGCCAUGGAGGACGGGCGACGCAGAGACGCAGAGGCAUGACAGGCGAAGACGACACAGCGGGGUGGAGAGCGCGCACCGGAGAGCACAACUCGGACGAGCACGAGCGCGAGCUGGAAAAGCCUGGGAGGUGGAGGAAGGGGGAGGCGACGCGGGGAACAGAUAGGACUCACCAAAGGAGAUUGGGCGACCCACAGAACGGCCGCGCGCACGAGCGCAAUGACGCCGCGUGGACGAAGCAUCGAGGGACAUGGGCAAGGUGGACAAUGUGGGUGAGACGCGUGACACGGGGGAGACGGGAGAUGUGGGGAUGCGUGGCGCUGAGGACGUGGAGCGGAUACGCGGCAGGGACGCAGUUGAGGAGGCGGAGGGCAGCGCGGGCGGGCGGCAACGGCAAGGCAGAGGACGACAAGGCGGAGGCACAGGACAGGGGCGAGCUAGAGGAUGGUGAGGUGGUGAGGCGGAGAGGAUGA